UGGCUACAGAAAGCCUAGUAGUUGCUGCCACAUCCCCCUCUUACCACUCAUAUUCGUGUUGAUAAACAAUGAACCUUACAUCCGCGCCUGCCUGGCAUCUCUGACUGUCUUACGUAUAAAUGCUACCUCAAUCAAUUCAACCCCCGAUGGUAACAGCCAAAAUCAUUUUCUGCAGCCAAGCACAUACCACGAGAACAUACAUCAAGAAAAUGGCUGCAUUUCAUUCUCCUUCAAGUGCAUCCUCUAGGGUGGUUUUAUUGCUGCUGAUCAAUUUCUUUGUGGCUGCCUUUGCUGAUAACUUCUACCAAAAUUGUGACACCGUAUGGGGAGAUGGCCGAGCUCAGAUUCACGAUGGUGGCAAUCUGCUCACCCUAUCUCUGGACAAGACCUCUGGCUCUGGGUUCCAGUCCAAGAAUGAAUAUCUAUUCGGAAAGAUCGAUAUGCAGCUCAAGCUUGUCCCUGGCAAUUCUGCUGGCACAGUAACUGCCUAUUACUUAUCCUCAAAAGGUGAAACUUGGGAUGAGAUAGAUUUUGAAUUCUUGGGGAAUGUAAGUGGACAGCCUUACAUUCUCCAUACUAAUGUAUUCUGCCAAGGCAAGGGCAACAGAGAGCAGCAAUUCUACCUAUGGUUUGACCCCACUGCAGAUUUUCACAACUACUCCAUCCUUUGGAACCCCCAGCGCAUUUUAUUCUACGUUGAUGGCAUCCCCAUUAGAGAGUUCAAGAACCUGGAGUUUCUUGGGGUUCCAUUUCCGAACAAACAGAAAAUGAGGUUAUACUCUACACUUUGGAAUGCUGAUGACUGGGCAACUAGAGGUGGACUCGUCAAGGCAGAUUGGAGUCAAGCCCCUUUCAAAGCUUCCUAUAGGAACUUCAAUGCCGAUGCUUGCGUCUGGUCAUCCGGAUCAUCUUAUUGCAGGCCAAACAAAAAUGCAUGGUUUUGGGAAGAGCUUGAUUUUGCAAAGAAAGGGCAGAUGAGAUGGGUGCAGGAUAAUUACAUGGUGUACAAUUACUGCACAGAUACAAAGCGAUUCCCCGAAGGCCUUCCAACAGAAUGUGCCUUUGCCAACAUACUCUAAAAACACAGCCUACCAUCCUUUUCUUCACUUCCUCCACCAAUAUGGCUUCUAUUAUUCCCUUUUUCAACCCAAUUUCACUGAAAACAUGAGGAUUGCUUUCCCCCGAUUGUAAAAGAGUUGGCUCCUUGAUGUAUUUGUUUUUUUAUUUUUUCUGUCUAGUGUACAAUUUUGAAAUAAGGACUUUGUAACUGCCUAUUUUGUACUCAGAAAUUAAAUCUCAUUGUUUUUGAAAA